UUACUGCCAUCUAUUGGAAGAGUUUUUCCCUAACUUAAGAGCAAAGACGUGUGAAGAAAUGGAUUCAUUCUACAGCGGACUGCGUAAUUGUUUUUUGGAGUCGUUCUUGUUUUUUCGCGGUGAAUAAAAAAAACCGUGCAAUUCCAGUCAUUCUACGAAUUACGUAAUUCUCAGUAAUAAGUUUCUUGAACGCUGAAGAGGAAAGAAGGAUUACGAGAUUUCGUAAACAUGGCUGAAGAUGUUUAUGAUUUGUGCAUUGUUGGUGCUGGCAUGUUCGGAUCUGCCGCUGCAAGACACGCGUCGACUAAUUCAAGGUUAAAAGUGUGCUUGAUUGGACCCAGGGAGCCAACUGUCGAAGAGAGCAAAGACAGGAAGAUUUUCAGCUCCCACUAUGACGAAGGAAGAAUUGUUCAAAUAAUGGAAGAGAAUACCCACCUCACUGUUUUAUCCAAACACUCUAUAAGUAGAUUUCCGGAAACAGAGAAAAUGUCAGGAAUCAAGUUUUACAAUCCUGUUGGCUUUCUACUAGCGUCAGAAAAAGAAAAUAAAAAUAUGAUAAACUUGACCCAAACACUUCUUUCUCAUAAUAUUCCUUUCCUCGACUUGUCUGACAAUGAUGCAUUCAAGAAAAGGUUCCCAUAUUUGCAACUGGAGUCCUGUGACUGCCGUCUGUUUGAUGCCAAUGGCGCGGGCUACGUGAGUGCGAGAAAGCUGGUGGAAGCACAGAAAAAAGUUGCGUCCUCACAAGGAUGCAAAAUAAUAGAAGAUAUCGUUUGUGAAGUGAAUGAUCUGGAUGGAGGAAUACAUAAAAUUAUUACAGAGAAAAAUAAGAUUAUCAAAGCUAAGAAAGUUUUAAUUUGUGCAGGUGCUUUUACUAAUUAUAACCGCUUACAACCUGUAGGGAAAGUGAAAAUGAUUAUCAAUAAGGAAACGGUUGCAAUGCUUAGACUUUCUGAACAAGAAGCCAAAAAUUUAAGUUCCAUGCCCUCGAUGACGUACUUCAUGAAAAGAGACGACUUGCCUCAUUUACUGAACGGAGCUUAUAUUUUGCCUCCUAUGCAAUAUCCUGAUGGACAAUAUUAUUUAAAAGCUGGUCGUGACGGCAUAUUGCCGAGGUCGACAGAGCCAAGUCUGGAAGAAGUUCAAAAAUGGUACAACAACGACGGCGAUGUUGAACUUGUGGACCAACUCUUAUGUUUACUAAAACAAUUACUCCCAAAUGUGAAGUUUGAACAAGUGGGUAGCAAGACUUGUUUAACGUGUCAUAAUUCUACCGGGCUACCUUACGUCGAUUGCGUCACUCCUACCAUUUCCAUAGCGGCGGUUGGCAAUGGAUGCGGAGCUGUGAUCUGUGAUGAAAUCGGGAGAAUAGCAGCGGAGUUAAGUACAAGUGGAAAAUGGGUUUCCGAAUUACCUAAAAGCCUUUUUGAAGCAAGGCUGGAAUAAUAUUAUCACUAUUUAUUUUUAACUGUGGUGACAUGUACCAAUGGACACAUAUCUCUGUAAUUAUUUCAUAAUUAUAUGUUUGUAUUUAGUGAAAUAUCGUCCUUACUUCAUUGCAGAUUGAACGGAUGAUUUUUUUUGUAAAUAAAGACCUUGUAAGCAUUAAUAAAUUCACUAACAAUAAUUUAAAUGCGGACCUUGCUCGGCGUUUAGCGCAAGUAGAAGAAAAUGAACCAUAAUAAA